AGAGAAAGAAAAGAAAAAAACUGCACUUGUGUUUCCUAAUUGAAAUAUUGUGUAAAUACUGUAAAAAGCUGAACAAAUAAUAUUGUAGUAUCAACUCCGAUGGACCAUUUAUCUUCCUUUGUGUCUUCUACUGAUAAAAUUGUGAGAAUAAAAAGCCAUUGAGUUCACAGUGUGACAGUAUGUGAACACUUCUAUAAACCCAGAAAACAAACGGAGCGCGUCUCCGCCCCCAGAGAGAGAGAGGGAGGGAGAGAUGGGUGAGGAGGGGGGGUGACAGCUUGUCUCACAUCCACAGACAUUUUCAGAGGCAGCUAAACGGUCUGAACAGCACUUUUGACGUCAGGAAUAAUCAUUACAGCCUACUCUCUCAUCCGGGUCUCCUCCGUCUCCUCCUCUCCUGCGCUUUUAAUAUUUACUUCAUCCAGACCAGCGGCGGCUUAAAGCCUUAACAACAACAACACAUAUGCGUUCAUGUAAAGAGGAGCUGCGGCUGGAGGAGCUGCGGCCGUGAUUUAGGACUUGCACAGCUCCAUCACCUCCGUCUGCUGCAGAUUAGAUUUAAACUUUUCUCUGUUUUGUUUCCUGAUAAUAUCGGAGAGGAUGUUCGCGCUGCAGCUCAACAAGUCUCUUUUAUUUUUCACACUUUAACUGUGGAUGGCUGCGGAAUGGAGAUAGCCUUGGUGAGUUUUGAGAACGGCGGCGCUAAAGGGAGCGGUGGCGGUGGUGGUGGUGGUGGAGGCAACAAUGCCGAGGAGAGCUGCCGGAACGCGCUGGAUGUCCCUCAGUCGGGCUUCGUUCAAACCGGACUCGGAGAGGACUACGGUAAGGAGCUGAACACCCGGGGGAGUCCUCAGCAGCGGCAGCAGCAUCAUCAGCACCAGAGCUCCUGGAAAAUCAACGACAUGAACAACACUUUCAGCUGCAGCGAGAACGCCAUGGAUGCGCUUUUACGCGCGGACCACAGUCCACAUCUGUUCGACGACGACAUGCUGGACAUGGACAUGGACACCGAGAGCAACGAGAGGGUGCUCAUUAACAUAGCCGGGCUGAGGUACGAGACCCAGCUGGGCACCCUGAACCAGUUCCCGGACACUUUACUGGGAGACCCCGCCAAGAGGAUAAAAUACUUCGACCCGCUCCGGAACGAGUACUUUUUCGACCGCAACAGACCGAGUUUUGACGGGAUUUUGUAUUUUUAUCAGUCGGGAGGGAAGAUCCGGAGACCUGUCAACGUGUCAAUCGAUGUGUUCGCGGAUGAGAUUAGGUUUUAUCAGCUGGGGGAGGAGGCCAUGGAAAGGUUCCGUGAGGAUGAGGGGUUUAUAAAAGAGGAGGAAAAGCCGCUGCCUCAGAACGAGUUCCAGAAGCAGGUCUGGCUCAUAUUUGAGUACCCGGAGAGCUCCAGUCCGGCUCGGGGCAUCGCCAUCGUGUCCGUGAUCGUCAUCACCAUAUCCAUCAUCACUUUCUGCCUGGAGACGCUGCCAGAGUUCAGGGAUGAGAGGGAGCUGCCGGUCACCAGCCGGCUGGACAACAGCACCGCACCCCGGCCGUCCCUCACCUUCACCGACCCCUUCUUUAUCAUCGAGACCACGUGCGUCAUCUGGUUCACCUUCGAGCUGUUCGUGCGCUUCUUCGCGUGCCCCAGCAAGUCCGAGUUCUCCAAGACCAUCAUGAACAUCAUCGACAUCAUGUCCAUCAUGCCUUACUUCAUCACAGUGGGCACGGAGCUGGCGGAGCAGCAGGGCCAGGAGCACCAGAACGGACAGCAGGCCAUGUCGCUGGCCAUCCUGAGGGUCAUCCGCCUGGUCCGGGUCUUCCGGAUCUUCAAGCUCUCCAGACACUCCAAAGGGCUCCAGAUCCUGGGGCAGACCCUGAAAGCCAGCAUGCGGGAGCUGGGCCUCCUCAUCUUCUUCCUCUUCAUCGGAGUCAUCCUCUUUUCCAGCGCCGUGUACUUCGCGGAGGCGGACGAGCCGGAGUCGCACUUCUCCAGCAUCCCCGACGCCUUCUGGUGGGCCGUGGUCACCAUGACAACCGUCGGCUACGGCGACAUGAGGCCGGUGACGGUCGGGGGCAAGAUCGUGGGCUCCCUGUGCGCCAUCGCCGGCGUGCUCACCAUCGCGCUGCCGGUGCCGGUCAUCGUGUCCAACUUCAACUACUUCUACCACCGGGAGACGGACCAGGACCAGUCCUCCCUGAAAGACGAGCCCAACAGCGGGAGGGCGAGUCCUGAGCUGAAACGGAAAGGGAGUAAAUCGUCGGCCAAGUCGCAGGAUGUGGAGAACAACGACGCGAGCGCUUCGGCGGAGAAAGCGAAUAUCAAAGCGAACAGCAGCAUGGACUUCAAGAGAUCCCUUUACGCGUUCUGCUUGGACACACGGGAGACAGACCUGUAGUCCUGCAGCCCUCAUAUUUUAUUUUUAAAACUAUUAAAGGCCCAUAGUUGUGUAGAAUAAACCCCCAUUAAUGGGCUCUUAAGUCUUUGCACAUAGCAGCCAGGAGGAUCAACACAUUGCAAUCCUGAAAAGUUUUAAGAGCGUCGGGGGUUGAUUUAUAAAAAGCACAUUUUAAUCCCUCUCAUCUGGUGAGCACAUCCCUUAGUGAAAAAAAGAGGAGUUAUGAACAAACCACAAUGCAUGUGAUGCAACACAGUGGCCCUUUAAUAAAGUAGGAACACCUGCAGAACAUUAACUCAUGGAUGAAUUAGUUUGGAGGCUAAAUAGGACAUCUAGCCUGUGCUACAGAUAAUCAAGAACUUGGAAUAAUUACUUGACAUCAGGAGAGGAUUAACAGGACCAACUAGUACUGUACUCUUUGUACAUAAUGUAGGAAACAGUCCAUAUUCAGUAGUGCAACAAAAGAAAAAGCCAAAUUUAGUUUUUUCGUACCUUCCCUACAUUUAGUCAUUAUGUUUACACUGAAAAGUUGCAGCAAACGUGUACAUAUUUCCCAUAGGCCUACUAUUUAUGAAUUGGAUUAUGGUGUUAUUGUAGAUUUUAAGAAAAAAAAAACUAUAUUUUUGAAAUGCAGACACCUGUUUUCCUCCACUCAGGUUCUGUCAAAUAAGUGAAAACACUUUCCUUUUUUUUCUAAAUGAGAGUCGAUUUGCUCUCAGAGGACCUAAAGAGAAGAUUUUUAGACGUUGAACAACAACAGCCUUGUUUGUGAUCAUUUUAAACUAAAGAACAUUUUUGAAUUUUUAAUUUAAAAAAAAAAAAAGAGGACAUGAUGUGGAAGUAUGUAAACUGAAGGAAUGACAGCCAAGAAAAGAGGACAGCGCAGAGACCAUCUGGAGAGAUCGAGCAACACGGAUACCAGAGAGUUGAAGCCCUGCCCUCCGACCAUCAGGAGAGUCGAUCAGACCACAGGAAUCCCCUCCACCUGGAAACAAAAACACAAAACACUGCUGCUGCACUUCAAAGAAACAGCAUCUACAACCCUUUUUUGGAACUCUGUGCCUUCAACCUAAAUUCACCAGUGAUACUUCUUAAGCUUUUCUUUUUGCUUUUGCUUUUUUUCCCACUCUUUUUUUUUUUUUUUUUGGUUUGUUUAUUUUUUUUGGAGCAGGACUCAGAGGAUAUAUCUGCCUGAUGAAGGAGGGCCUGGGAUUGUGCUGCUUUGUCUCUCUGGAGAAAAUAAUAAAAAAAAAAAAAAUCAAACCUAACCAGGACAUGCAACUUUUGAUCAUUUUAAUGUCCUAAUAUGUUCUUCUUUUUUUCUACAAAUUGUGUCAGUGAUUUACUUCAUAUCAGAAGAAAUCCCUUGCUGUGCAAUAUCAGUCGAUAUUUAUGUGAAGUUGUCAUGUGGAUGUAGACUUUGGACGAACUUUUUGGUUUAUUUUUGUAACGAUGUUUUCCUGAUUUCUAUUUUUCUAAAACCAUAAGACAGAUGAGGGGAGAAAAAAAUCAUCUGAAUACAUUUAAGGGAGAGAGGAUGUUUGGUUGUUGCUUAAAGACAAUUUGUCCAAGUUUAGUUUUCCUCAACUACACCCCCUCCUGCUCCGACCAGGGCCAAAGCCAUAGCCUAUCUCAGAUAACAAUGCACCAGACAUUUUAAACACACCAGGGUCCCUAACAGCAAGAUGCAUUCAGGGUCUCAUUGUUUGGGGGCCGACACCACAAGCUCCCUUUCGUCAGCUCAUCUUAGCUGUUGGAUUUUCUGAGCGAUGUUUUUGGUUUCUACUGUUUGUUCAGGGGCUUGAAUCUGAAGUAUUUAGUAUUUCUCUACCUUUGUGUGGCCUGUUCUUCUUGCUGUUAUUUUGUACUUCCUCCUACAUAUCAAUCAAGCAACUUUAAGUGGCAUGAGUACGUAUGUGUGCAAGUGGGAAGGAAUGAAUGGGCAUCAGAAUGGGAGGUGAAGUACUGUGAAUUCUCAAAUAGAAGAUAAAUAACAGCCCAGUUUUCAUUAAAAUAAAAGAAAUACCAGCCUAAGGUGUUGAUUGGUUAAUUAGAUGUUAUGAACUCGGCCAAAACAUCAAACCACUGAGUACCAAAGUCAAUUUUUAUCUGUCUUUCUGAGGUUAUGGACAUUUUUUAUCUGCUUUGGAAACUUCUCAAACAUGAUUGUGUUUGACGAGGCAGAGCUCAAAUACCUGAAUACCUUUGAACAGCGUAGAUGAUCUCCAACACUUACUGCUGUUCUGAAUUUAUUUCCAGAGUCUUCACAGAUUCUUAAAACUAUUUGGAUGAAAAACAUAUUACGUCAGUUGCAUUUUGACAGUAGCUGGAAAUGACAUAUCUCCAUACUCAGUGUGUUUGACAUGAACCCAGAUUUAUCAGUAACAUUUACUUAUGUUGAUGUUAAUUUCUUUAAUCAUAUAUUUUUAUACACAAUAUCAUGUUUAUUUAAUACAUCAUUACUUGUAUUGAGCAAGAGCAUGUGUCAUUUCUGGCUACUAGAAAGGAACAUGUGACUAAAAAUCUUUAUUUUGCAGCAGAUUGAGGUUUUUCUUUUCAUCCAAGUAUUACAAGAAUCAUGUCAGGGGUGGUUUACCUGCAAAAUUAAUGACUAAAUUUAUGUUAGAUUUGUGCCUUGUUACCUGUUGUUAACAUUAAGCUUUCUACAGUGUUAGCUUAUUUCAAUCUGUCAGUAAAUCUGAUGUUCACAAUCUACAAAAGAACAGGAAUAUGAGCAUGGACAAGAGAAGAAAAGUUAAGUUUGUUGGACAGAUCUGACAAGUGUAUGGACCUUUGUGUUUAGAUACAAUGAUAACUGGCUGUGGCUCCCACUUCCUGACUGGGCAUUAAACUCAAUUAUUAUUAUAAAAGUAAGAGUUAUUAAACAUAAUAUCAGUUAUAUUAAAGGUCACUAUUUGAGAAUUUUCAGUAAUUCCAGUUUUCUUGUUUCAACCCUGUUUUCUGCAGUUGUGAAUCGUGUUCUGUGUUUUCCUUGAAGCUGCUAUCCCUGUACUGUGUAGAUUGGACAUGUCCAGCCUUAUCCCUGAAGUCCUACAAACAUCCUCCAUUAGCUCUCCAUAUACCUCACACAUACAAAAAUACACACAUAUUUAUUGAUUCCAUAUGCUCAUUAGGCAUAUUGAUCUCAGUUAAAUGCAUCAGUGGUACACUUGAUUCAGUUUGUGCCUUUCAGGGAAUCGUCACGUUCAGUAAAGUCAAUUUAUUUUUUACCUUUUUUAAAAAGGUGCGUCUCAGUUUAUUCAACGAUAUACGCUAGUUUGGAGCAUUUCAACCAAAAAUAAAUUGGUUUUCAUCAUGCACAUAUCAUUUUCCUCAUAUUAAAUAAAGCAAAUGAAAUUCUGACACAUUAUUUUUGUAUGAAAACAUAAAAGAAACUAAGACUUAACCAGAAAAAUUAUCAUGACAAAACCUUUCUGCACAACAGGAGUGAGGAAAAUGUCACCUUCUUUGUUUGGUUUCAGACUUUACUAAAAAUUCAAUUAAAUAUUCAUUUUACUGUUAGAAAGAAGAGUCUUCAAGUAUAUAAGAAAUUAAGAAACCUGUUGAAAAUUUAAUUUGAGUUUGUUUUUCUUUAAUUAAACUGUAACCGUAAACAAAAAACCCCUCAGAGGCACAAACUGUUGCUCAUUGUCCACAAACCUGUUUCAGUCAAAUCCACAUUUUGCAGCAUUUUUCAACAUUUCUUGAAAAGCAACAGUUUGUAGGAAAACCUGCAAAGUGUUUUGAUUUGUUUUUUAACUUUUAUUUUACUUUUAAUUCUUUUUUUAUUGCAUGGUUUUGACUGAAUACCCCCCUAUGAUGUUGUGUUCUGCCAACAGUAGUGGAGGUAGUUUCCCUUCUGUGUGGAGUCAGUAGACUUUGCUGCCUGUGAGUGUGAAUCAUCUGUGAAGCUGCCUCCGUCCAUCAAGUACCUUUACUGACACCGUUCCCCCAAAACAACGCUGCCAAAUUGGUCUGAAUAAGCCAAACUUUUUCUGACAUUCUCUGUGUAUAAGUGGUUUAAGUGUAUCACAUGUUAAACCUCAUCCCAUUAAUGUUACAUUGUGUUUUUAACAAAAAAGAAUCCUGUUUGUUAAAAUGUUAAUAAUAUAUGCAGAAGAGUUAUGAAAUAAACUAAAACAAACUCAA